UCAUCAACAGUUAAUCAAUUAUUCCCCUUCUAGAUUCUCUCAUAUUCCUCCUCCUCCUUCUUCUUCAUCAUCAAAUAGAGCAAUUCUCGCUGCCAUAGCGAUAAACAAGCAUCAAAUCAAACAAACAAAAUCAAUUCAAAAGAAAAAAAGGUCAACUCCCAUAAGAAUGCAGCAACAACCCCCAUCCCCCACCCCCGAUUCCGAUCUCCCCCGUCUAGCUAACAUCAAAAUCAAAUCAUCUUCUCCACGUUUUCCCCCACCCACCACCCCUUCCAUCACUGAUACACCUACCGCCGGAGCUCAGCGGAGGAUCGGAAUCGCCGUCGAUCUAAGCGACGAGUCUGCUUUCGCCGUUAAGUGGGCUGUGAAUCAGUACCUCCGUCCUGGUGACGCUGUUAUCCUUGUUCACGUCCGUCCAACUUCCGUACUCUACGGUGCUGAUUGGGGAUCUGUUGAGCUAUCUAUUGUUGAUACGGAGAAUGAGGAGAGUCAGAGGAAGCUUGAGGAUGAUUUCGAUACGUUUACUACUACUAAAGCGUCUGAUUUAGCUCAGCCUUUGGUUGAUGCUCAGAUUCCGUUUAAGAUCCAUAUUGUUAAGGAUCAUGAUAUGAGAGAGAGGUUGUGUCUUGAGGUUGAGAGAUUAGGGCUUAGUGCUGUUAUUAUGGGGAGUCGAGGAUUUGGAGCUACUAAGAGGGGGAGUGAUGGAAGACUUGGGAGUGUUAGUGAUUAUUGUGUUAGGCACUGUGUUUGUCCUGUUGUGGUUGUUAGGUAUCCCGAUGAUAAGGAUGCUGGAAAUGCUGUUGUGGAGCCCGUGGUUUCUGUUGCUUCAGCUGCUGAAGAAGACGAGGAGGAAGCUGAGUACCAUGAUGCUUCUGAGGAUCGAAAAGAUUCAUAAUGAAGGUGGACGAGGUCUUCCCUUGGUUUGCACUUGUAUUGACCAGCUUCCUCCAAGAACCAGUAGGCCCUUUGUGACAUCUGGAGUCAUUUUAUGUAUAUGAACUGUUGUAGCUCGUCUCUCACAACAUCAACUUAUUAUGGUCUCUUCUUGAUGAUUGUAUCUGCUAUGGUUAUCAUCUUCACAAUAUUGUCACUUGAUUACCUUUGGAUACUUGCUGUGAAAUCUAAAACUUUUUUAUGACUUCUCUCAUUAGUCAUUACCAGUCUGGUUAUGCAUUAGAGAAUCGCUGGCUUGUA